AUGAAAAGACAAAAAUACCCCCAACGUGCUUGUCACAUGGGGGUUUCUAACCACAAAACAGACAGAAUGUUAACAUUUUCCAAUCGGUUUGAUCAAGACAUCAAACAAGAAAUCGGUUUCUGGAUUCCUUCGUUUUGGUUCAGGAUUUCUGUUCAAUUAAGUGCAAUCGGAACACGGAGCUGUUUGGAUUUCAAAAACUUUAGAAGCAUUUUGUUAUAUCCGCGAGGAGCUUCAAAUGUGUGUUGUGCAUUAUGCAACACGGUUACCUCCGUUCCCCCUCCAGGGACAGAAAUGGCACAACUGAUAUGUGGAGGUUGUCACACAUUGCUAAUGUAUACCCGUGGUGCUACAAGUGUUAGAUGCUCUUGUUGUCAUAUAGUGAAUCUUGCACCAGUUGCAAACCAGCUUGCCCAAGUCAAUUGUGCAAAUUGUCGGACAAUGCUGAUGUAUCCAUAUGGAGCCCCAUCUGUUAAAUGUGCAGUUUGUCACUACAUUACAAAUGUCAAUAUGAGCAAUGGAAGGGUUCCCAUUCCAAUGCAACCACCAGGAUCAAUGCCCUCUACUUCAACAGAAAUGCCUCAUUUUCAUACUCAAACUGUUGUUGUGGAAAAUCCCAUGUCGGUUGAUGAGAGUGGAAAACUGGUAAGCAAUGUUGUGGUUGGGGUGACAACGGAGAAGAAACAAAUAAGUUGAAAUACUGGGAAUGACCAAUUAUGCACUUUGGUCCCCUGAGUUUUCAAUUAAUGAACGAAAAUGGCCUGAUAGCAUUUGAAUUUGUAUACCAUUAGAAAGGAAAAAAGUGGCAUCAUAUUAACACUUAUUUUAAUUGUGAUUGUUAAGAAAGUUUAAGGGAUUAUUGAUGUGUUGAGUUGAGAGUGGAUAUGGUUGAUAGAAAGAGUAUAGAUUUUAUGAUGUGAGUUGUUUAUGUGCUUGUAAAUGAUGUGAAAAUGAGGUGUUUAUUUUAUGAAUAAUGUUACAUUUGAUAUGUUCAAUCCAUGUAAAAAUAAUUUUAGAAAAAUACAUAGAAUGACAAUGUUUUGGAAA